GGGGCUAGUGGGGGUUUUAACUGGUUUCUCCAUCAGUGGGGGAAAAAAUCCGCAUUCACGCUCUCACACUCAUUUUUCCACGGGACAUCCUGCGAACUGUGACCGUCUCAUCAUGCUCUACGCACCCGAGUUCGUGUCUGGUGACAGCUAUGACGAGUGUCGCGCCGCAGCUGAUUGGCUGCUCACCAACACACAAGUCCGGCCGACUGUGGGAAUCGUGUGCGGAUCAGGUCUGGGGGGAUUGGCUGAGAUGCUCAAGGACCCAGAGAUCUUCAAGUACAGUCAAAUCCCCAACUUCCCCCAAAGCACAGUGCAUGGUCAUGCCGGCCAGCUGGUGUUUGGAACACUAAAAGGGAAGCCGUGUGUGUGCAUGCAGGGCAGGUUCCACCUGUACGAGGGCUACCCCAUCCAGAAGAUCACGCUGCCCAUGCGCGUCUUCAAGCUGUUGGGUGUGGAGACAAUGAUCCUGACCAACGCGGCCGGAGGCCUCAACCAGGACUACAAAGUGGGAGACGUCAUGAUCAUCAAAGACCACAUCAACAUGCCGGGCUUCGCUGGAUCCAACCCCCUGGUUGGACCCAAUGAUGAAAGGUUUGGCCUUCGCUUCCCCUGUAUGUCCGACGCCUAUGACCGCGAGCUGCGUCAGAUGGCACACGAUGUGGCGGAAGAGCUGCACUUUGGCGACUUCGUGCGCGAGGGCGUGUACGUCGUCCUCGGAGGCCCCUCCUUCGAAACCAUCGCCGAGUGUCGCAUGCUGCACACGCUGGGCGCUGACGCUGUUGGGAUGAGCACGGUGCACGAGGUGAUCGUCGCCCGCCACGCCGGCAUUCGCUGCUUCGCCCUGUCGCUCAUCAGCAACCGAGCCGUGAUGGACUACGACAGCCAGGAGAGGGCCAACCACGAGGAGGUGCUGGAGACGGGCAAGCUGAGAGCCAAGCAGCUGGAGAAGCUGGUGUCCACCAUGGUGGCUCGGCUGGAGCACAACAACAACUGAACCUGCGACUGGCUUUCGCUGGCGUUAUCCCGGCAUUUCUGCAAGAAGACUCGUUUUAAAGUGUUUGUUUUG